AGUAGCACGUUAGUAAGCAGUCUGCCGGCCUACGUGGGUAUAAAUCGGGUUUAAAGGUCUGAGAUAGCAGCUUUGCCUUGGUUUUGGCAUGGCAGACACGGAAUUAAAAACCUUUACAUCCCUAAUGGACGCCUUGCUUCGUAUCAGCUCCAACAUGAAGAGCAUGGAGCAGGAGCUGCGGUGCCCCGUGUGCCACGACACGGUGAAGCAGCCCAUCCUGCUGCCCUGCCAGCACAGUGUGUGUUUGCUGUGCGCCGCCGACGUCUUGGUACAGAGAGGCUACCCUCCUCCUGACCUGCCCCCGGAGCCGCAAUCGCCCGCCUCUACGCCCAACAGUCGCUCCCCGCGGCAGCCCCGCAGACCCGCGCCCAGGACACCGGACCACCUGGACCGCCUGCUUAGAACCGCUUGCAGCACAUACCCGGGGCGAAGACGUAAGGACGCCGCCCCUCCCCCGAUGCUGUUCCCAUGUCCUUCCUGUCAGGAGGACGUGCAGCUGGGCGAGCGAGGGCUGGCGGAUUGCCCCCGCAACCUCACUCUGGAGCGUGUGGUAGAAAGGUACAGGCACACGUUGAGCCUCGGCAGCGUCGCCAUUGCGUGCGCUUUCUGCAAGCUCCCGCAGUCCCUGGAGGCCACGAAAGGCUGCGCCGACUGCAAGGCCAACUUCUGCAAUGGGUGUUUCAAACUCUACCACCCCUGGGGGACGCCGCGAGCCCAGCACGAGCACAUUCUCCCCACCCACAACUUUCGCCCAAAGGUGUUGACGUGCACCGAGCACGAGCAGGAGCGCUUGCAGUGGUUCUGCUGCAGCUGCCAGCGGUUGCUGUGCUCGCUUUGCAAGCCGCGCCGCGUCCACCACAACCACAAAGUGCUGCCGACGACACAAGCCUACCAGGCCCUUAAGGAUCAGCUGACCCAGCAGGUCAACUACAUCCUGGCCAAUCAGGAGACAAUACAGAGCCAGAUCACACAGCUGGAGGCCGCAAUUAAACAAAUGGAGGCCAACAGUGCUGUCGCUCUCCACCAGCUGACCCGCUGCAUGCAGGAGUUGGGGGCCUCCAUCGCCGAGCGCCAGGGGUCCUUGGCCACGGCCCUGGAGGGCUCCCGCAGCAGGAGGGCGGAGACUCUGUCUGCUCAGGUGUCGAGGAGGCGGGACAUGCUGGAUCAGGCCGGCCUGAUGUCCUACGCACACGAGCUCCUCAAGGAGACCGACCAGCCGUGUUUUGUCCAGGCUGCUAGGGUCACUCACAACAGGUUGGUGAAGGCCAUCGCUAACCUGCGGUGUUUCUCCUUGAACGCCGAUCCUUCGUUCCGACACUUCCACCUGGAUGCGACAAAAGAGAUUCCGCUCAUUAGCGGCUUGGCGUUCAUACGUGCUCCGCUGGCGCCGGUGAUCGACACUCAGAAGACGCUGGCCUACGACCAGCUCUUCCUGUGCUGGCGCCUCCCUCAGGACUCGGCCCCGGCUUGGCACUUCUCCGUCGAGUUCCAAAGGCGCACGGGAGCGGUCGGGGCCACGUGGGGCGGUACUCGAUCCCCCGACGCCUCUGCCGCUUGGCGGCGUCUGGACGAAGUGCGAGGCACCAGCGCCGUGGUGGACCAGCUGCAGAUAAACAGUGUUUACGUGCUGAGGGUGAGGGGCUGCAACAAGGCCGGUUUUGGGGACUACAGCGAGGAGGUUUAUCUCCACACGCCUCCUGCUCCUGUCUUGUCUUUCUCGCUGGACCCUGGCUGGGGUUUGCACUCCGACAGGCUGGCGCUGGGUAAAGGUCAAACGUACGCCCGCAGCGUGCCGGGCCUCUCCCUGCUGAAGGUGGCCGACCGCACGCUCACGGCUUGUCACUUGACCUCUGACCUCCUGGUAGCCGACCUGGCUGUGUCUCAGGGCAGACACUACUGGGCGUGCUCGGUGGAGCCUGGAUCCUACCUGGUCAAGGUGGGCGUAGGACAGGAGGUGAGGCUUCAAGAGUGGUUCCAUCAGCCCCAGGACGUGACGAGUCCACGGUACGACCCCGACAGCGGCCAUGACAGCGGCGCAGAGGACGGCCAGGACCCGCCUCCCUUCUGCUUCCUCACCGUCGGCAUGGGGAAGCUCCUCCUCCCCCGAGGACACGCCAGCUCGCACAAGACCACGCCCCCUUAUACGGCGCCCCUGCCGCCCAGACUGGGCGUGUGUCUGGACUGCGACGAGGGCCGCGUGGCCUUCUACGACGCCCACUCCCUGCGCGUGCUGUGGGAGGGGCUUGUGGACUGCUCGGCUCCCGUGUGUCCCGCCUUCUGCUUCAUCGGCGGCGGCGCCCUCCAGCUGCAGGACCUGGUAGCCAGUCGCAGCGUUGAGGAGGAGGCGGAGCCGCCGAGAUUGAACGCCAAAUCACGAGUUGCCAAGCUAAGUAAAUGAAGUCGAAUGUAGUAAGAACACACAAAAGUAUUUGGACACUUUUAUGGCAAUUAAUCAUUUUAACUUUGUGGAAAUGUAUUUACCACAACAAAUUAACGGCGAUAAACGAGGGUUUGCCCAAACUUUUUCCACUGAGGGCCACAGACUGACAAACUAAAGGAUGCGGUGGCCAUUUUGGUAGUUUUCCCCUUUAAAACAAGUACAAAAUAUAGAUUUUAUUUUUAAAGAACGAGAAAUUUCUUGACGAGCCAAAGCCAAACUGACAUGCUAACAGUUAGCACGCUGACCAGAUAGCGUCAAUAACGAAAAAUAUGAACAAAAUGAGCUAAGAAAGCCAGCAUGCUAACAUGCUAGCAAUAACACGCUUAUGGUUAGCAUUAAUGAAAUACCAAAAAUAUAUCACUUUUGCUAAAUUAGCUAAACCUGUCACGCGAAUGUUAGCAUGCUAAAAUGCUAACUGUUCCAUGCGCCAAGUACCAAAAUAUAUUAUUCUGGAAAAUGCUAACCCGCUAACGUUAGCAUGCAUCAAGUACCGAAAUAUGACUUAGGUUUAUACCUAUAAAAUGAGUUUUAAAAAAGCUAGCAUGCUAACAGGUAUCAGGUAAAAAAAAUGUUUGAUGCUAAAGGUGAAUACCUACGAAAUUAGCUUAAAAAAAAGCUAGCAUGCUAACGUAAGCAUGCUAACUGGUAUCAAGUAACAAAAUGUUUGACGGCAAAAAAAGCUAGCAUGCUAAUAUUUUUUUAUAUUUUGUAGGUAUUCUCGCUGAGACUCAGAUUUCCCUCGCCCGGACGCGGGUCACCGGGGCCCCCCUCCGGAGCCAGGCCCGGAGUUGGGGCACGAUGGCGAGCGCCUGGUGGCCGGGCCUGUGCCCAUGGGGCCCGGCCGGGCACAGCCCGAAGAGGCAACGUGGGUCCCCCCUCCAAUGGGCUCACCACCCAUAGCAGGGGCCAUAGAGGUCGGGUGCAAUGUGAGCUGGGCGGUAGCCGAAGGCAGGGCACUUGGCGGUCCGAUCCUCGGCUACAGAAGCUAGCUCUUGGGACGUGGAACGUCACCUCGCUGGGGGGGAAGGAGCCUGAGCUAGUGCGCGAG